UAAAAGUACAAUGUGUGUGUCUCUAUAUAUUUCUACCGCUAGAUGCCGCCAUCCUCUGGAAACCUUCAACUCAUGGCGAGCGGUGAUGAACGAGAGUGAUGAGUCCGGAGGAGGGUGGGCCACUAGUGCCCGAGUUGGUCACUAUCUCCCCGAGGCAGGUUCUUCCCACACCAGUACCGGCCGGCCGGCGCCUCAUUCGGAGGAAGUCGCUAUGGGAGACUAGCUAGCUAGCUAGCUAGCAUGCGAGGACCUUUCACGUAAAUGGCGCUUGUCAAAAGGGAACUAUAUCAGCGUUUGCUGUUCGUUGCCGCUUUUCUUCCAAUCACAGGUGUUUUUUGCUUCAGCGAGUUAUUUUUCAUCAAGGAGCCCCACGAUGCGACGGUCAUGCGUAAAGAAGCCGUCAUUUUGGACUGUCAGGUGCACGGAGAGAUGCCCGUCGACGUCCGAUGGCUGAGGAACGGAGCGAAAGUGGUGGAGAACGAGCGGGUGUACCUCCUCUCCAACAGCUCCCUUUACAUUUCCGAAGUGGAGAGCAGACGAGGAGACAAAUCAGACGAGGGGGUCUAUCAGUGCCUUGCGCAGAACAAGUACGGCGCCAUCCUCAGCCAGAGGGCCCGGCUGACAAUCACAAGUAUUUCAUCGUUUACGGCCCAGCCAGCGUCGAUCGUGGCAACUGAAGGCUCAGUUGCCAGAUUUUCCUGCAAAAUCAGUGCGCACCCUCCUCCCAUCAUCACUUGGGAGUUCAAUCGGGUAACAUUACCCCUCGUCACUGAAAGAAUCACAGUCCUGCCCAGUGGCGCUCUUCAGAUUCACGGGGUGCAGCGGGCAGACGGUGGCAAUUACCGCUGCGUCGCCACCAACAUUGCAAACCGGCGACGUAGCGCGGAGGCCACGCUCACCGUGACUUCAGAUCCCAACCCCCGGCGUCCCCAGAGGCCACGCAUCACAGCCGGGCCCCAGAACAUCUCCGUGCCGGCGCACCAGAGCGCCACUCUGGAGUGCAUGGCCACAGGCAACCCCCGACCUAUCGUUUCCUGGAGUCGAGCAGACAGCAAAUCUAUUGAUGUCUACCACACCAAAGUGCUGGGAAAUGGCAACCUCAUCAUUACGGACAUCAAGCCCCAGCACGGAGGAGUCUACGUGUGCCGAGCUUCCACUCCUGGGACAAGAAACUUCACUGUCGCUGCAGCCAAUGUGACUGUACUUGCGCCGCCUUCUUUGGCGGAGUGGCCAGAGAGCCUGACGCGUCCGCGUGCCGGCACGGCUCGCUUUGUGUGCCGAGCUGAGGGGUUUCCCGCACCUCAGAUCACCUGGCUCAAGAACGGAGAGAGAAUUCACUCCAAUGGCCGAAUCAAGAUGUACAGCAGCAAACUAGUGAUCAACCAGAUCAUUCCCGAGGACGACGCCAUCUAUCAGUGCCAGGCUGAAAACGAGCAGGGCGCGGUGCUCGCCAUGGCGAGGCUCAUCGUGGUCAUGUCGGAGGACCGCCCCAGCGCGCCCAAAAAUAUCCGAGCGGACACGGUCUCGAGCUCGGCCAUCCUGCUGGCUUGGGACAGGCCGCUUUAUAACGCCGAUAAAGUUAUUGCGUACUCUGUGCACUACAUGAAGGCUGAGGGAUUAAACAACGAGGAGUACCAAGUUGUGAUUGGGAAUGAUACGACUCGCUAUAUUAUCGAUGACCUGGAGCCAGCUCGCAACUACACGUUCUACGUGGUCGCCUACAUGCCCAUGGGAGCCAGUCGCAUGUCUGACCACAUGUUCCAGCACACACUCGAGGAUGUUCCCCUCCGCGGCCCCGAGCUCAGCCUCACCAGCCGUAGCCCCACCGACAUCCAGGUGUCGUGGCGAGCCCUCCCUGACAAGCUGAGCCGCGGCCGAGUCUCCGCCUACCGUUUGUCGUACCGAACCGGCGCCGAGAACUCGGUCUCUCAGCUCGAGCUGCCGGGAGAAAAGACAAAGUACCUGAUAGAAAACCUGCAGCCUGACACCGUCUACCUCCUGCGAAUCGCUGCCGCCACCGGCGUUGGGUGGGGCGAGCAGUCGGCCUGGACCUCCCACCGCACCCCGAAGGCAUCCGGUGCGCAAGUUCCACUUUCUCCUGAGCUGGAUUUGGAGCCCUUGAACUGCACCACAAUUUUGGCGCGCUGGCGGCUGGCACAGAGAAAUUCGGCCAGCGUGCAAGGCUACAAACUCUUCUACCACGAGGAGAGCCGGUCUGAGAGUGUCCCGCUUCGGCUGCGUGCCUCGGAUCACUCGCACACUAUCGGAGGCCUCGACCCAAGGAAGAAAUACCAUGUGAAUCUUCUGGCGUACAACGCGGUUGGAGAUGGCUACCAGGCAGACCAGACUAUCAGCACCCCCGGAUGUGUCUCCGUUCGGGAUCGCCUGGUGCCGCCUCCGCCACCUCCUCAUAACGUGCAUGCCAAGGCCAACGGUUCGUCAUCCAUCUUGCUUGAGUGGGGCAGACCAGCCUUCACCUCCGCCCACGCGAUCAACUACACUGUCCGCUGCAACCCCGUUGGCCUGCAGAACGCCUCCCUGGUGCUCUACCUGCAGACGAAUGAGCAAAGCCUUUUAGUACGGAAUCUGCAGCCCAACACCAAGUACGAAUUUGCUAUCCGGCUCCAUAUUGAGCAGCUGUCCAGCCCGUGGAGCCCUGUGGUCUACCAAAGCACCUUCCCUGAGGCUCCCACGCUGCCUCCCACCGACAUCAAGGCGACUCUGAUCGAGGAGGACACGGCCCUGGUGUCGUGGAAGCCCCCGGAGGAAGCCAGCCUUUCUGUUACACGCUACACCAUCCUGUACGCUUCCCGAAGGGAGCGCCUCGCCGGGGAAUGGCGGGUGCUGCAAAGAGAAGAGCAAUGCGGUGCUUCUGUGUGGCCGCCAGGAAGCAUCACCAUGGCGCUGCUGGAGAACUUGAAGCCCGGCCACUUUUACCUCGUCAAAGUGUCGGCGUCCAACAACAUGGGCGACGGGCCCUUCUCUCGCACGGUGGAGCUGACGGUGCGAGCGGAUCCGACCUCUGGUCACGACCCGCGGUUCUCGCGGGGCUCCACGCGCUCCAACGCGUUUGCCGACGGCUUCUACCACCUGGACCGAACGUCUAUGACGGGCGUCACUGUGGGGGUCUCCAUCGCGCUCGCGUGCAUCAUCAUCUGUGCUUUCAUCCUGGUGUGCAGAGGCAAACACAGGAAACCAUCAGCUGUUAAACUGCACGGCGAAGGAAGGAGCCCGGCCGCCGGACGCCCCGGCUCGGAGGGCUCGGCUGAGAACGCCGACGUGAGUGCGGCCGUGCUGAGCCGGAAUCAUUUCAUCGAUAGCAAGGGUGGAACAGAUCUCAUCAUCAAUUCACUUGGUCCAGUUGAGGCGAGUGCCGAGCAGAGAAGCAAAUGGUUUUCCUUCAGAGCGAAAGAUGCGCAGAAGAUGAAAGGGGGGGCGGCCUCCUCCCGGCCAGGUUCCACCGUGCUGAGCUACGAAGAGGAGCGGCCCGCCUCCCCGCGGGCUCUGCUCGGGCGGCCCGGAGAUUCGGAGGGCUCCUCCGGCGGCGAGGGCGGCCACGCCACCGACGACUCCGGCCGCUUCUCGCAGGACGAGACGGAGAUGACCGACCUGUCGUCCGGUCCCAGCGGCCGCCAGCCGUCCGUGACGCCGGAAGACGGCGGCGGCGGCGACGAAGAGGAAGAAACGUGUCGAGUGGCCCGGCACGGUCAGACUCGUUUGAGGUUGGUGGAGUGCGUUGAGGAGCUCUGCUGUCAUCAGGAAGCCCAAAGUGGUCGGCCUUUGCUUUCGCUGUCUCAAGUUGUGUGAGUCUGUGUGUGUGUGUGUGUGUGUGUGUGUGUGUGUGCAAAGCCAAUUGAGCAUUUAUUCACAUUCAUAUAUCCAUGUACUUGUCCUCACUAGUAUAGUAAGACAAUUCAGCGCACUAGUAGAACGACGAGGGCGCCAUAGUGUCUUCUUUGUCACAUUUUUUUUUCCAUGAUUAUUUCUGCACACUAGUUGGACAACUACAGUACAUGUUACUAGUGAGGCAUAGUUCUGCACUAGUUGACAUUUGUGUCCUAUUAGUACUGAUAGCCAAGCAUUGGAUUGUCGAAUAGUGAGGUCAAAAAGUGUAGUAGUACACGGACCUUAAGCAGGAUAUCAAUGAUAUUGAAUAUGCUCAAAAGGCUUUCCAUAUGUAUGUGUGUGUGUUAACUUGCAACAAACUUUACCACAAAACUCCACUGGAACCACUUCCUGCAAACUUUUUGUCUUGAACUAGUAGUGAGUUGCAAGUGUACAUUGCGUCUGCAAGCGAGUGCAGAGGGUGAAUGAGGAGCCACAGACGGAAAGAAACGAAAACACACUUUUUUUAUAGCCAAGCCUGGUCAAGUUUUGACCAUUUUACUCCAGCUUUUUGGGAAUUUUCUCUUGAUUUGUUUUGUAUGUCCUUUUAAAAAAAAAAAAAAAAAAAAAAAAAGAAAUCUCACCUACCAUGAAUGUUUGGGGAAAAAAAAAAAAAAAAGAAAAGAUUGUCAAAACUUUAUUUAAGAGAGUUUAUCACUGGAGUGAAAGGGACGUCCUUUUCGCUGAUUGUCUACCUCGGUCCGCUCGCGAGCGAACCCUCCGCUGUAUAUUUAAUAACUACUGUGUUAUGCGACAUUUACAUAACCUGUGAUCCUUCCUGAUUAUUUUCAUUUUUUGGGGGGGAGGGAUCGUCAUCCAAUUUCGUCUCUUUUUUUUCCCCCUUACUUACUGGAAUGUAAGGGCGGUGCAGCUUCCAUUCCUUCCUCACGCUGGAUGCAAAACACUUUUUUUUUUUUUUCUCCUCGGGUGUUGCCGAGGUCGUGAGCCAGUAUUAAUACGUGUUUUCGAAUCCAUUAUUGAGUAAUGGCGUGGAAGCAGGUAAUGUGUGUGUGUGUGUGUGUGUGUGUGUAUACAUAUAUUAUUUUUUUUUUUGGUGUGUUGACGACGUGUCGCCGCCCUCGCUGUUCCUAUUUUUAUACUACCUGCCAUUGAUUUGUCUUUGUCGGCUUUCCUAAACUCAGGGAACAAAGUUUAGUCCGUUUUGAAAAGUCACGUGGUGUCACGUGGCGAACUGACAGGGUAUCUUCUCAGUACUAAGCUGUGUAUGUAUUUGCGAUGAAUGUAUCUCUCCGUGCCGGUAGCCGAGACAAACCCGCACAGGACCCGAACGGCCGAACCUUUUGUGAUUCUUUUAUUUUGUUAUUGUUUGACUUCCACUACUACCUCCCGCUUGUGUCAGCGGGCACACAGCAAGUGUACGGCGAGCCGUUGGAACAUUUAUUCCAUAUCCGCGAUAUCCACCUUCGAGUCUGUCCGCUGGAUAUGAACCCAUAAUGAAUACAUGCUCAUGCAAGCGCACGCAGCGGGCACGCGGGUACCGAAGCGCCUGACGAUCGGCCUUAUUGCGGACGCAUCUGGACUGUCGUGUUUCUCAGGCAAUGCGUCGCAAGUGUUUUCCUCAUCAGGGAUGUAAGUGAAGAAUCAUGAACGAACGACAUAGCGUUCUACUCCCUGAAAUGUUCCCUUUUUGUACUACUGAGUACACAAUGUCGUUGAAUCGAGCUUUUGUUUUUUCCUCCAGAGUAGAUAAAGAUUAGCACUUGUCUGCCGAGUAGUUUUCUAUUAGCGAGCCAAUCGGCAACGGUGACCGACACUAAUCCCCAAAGACGUGUUUGCUUACCUGACUUUUGAUUUGAUUUGAAUCUUGUCAGUGGACAGGAAAAUGUGGAAUAAUCAAACACAUUCGACCAAAGAUGAAGAUCAGCGGAGGUGCUGCUCCUCAAAACCAAGCCUUUAAUGCACAUUAGUGGCCUUCAACUGCGACAAGUUCUCCAGGAAAGUGCCGGCAGCAUUCAGCCCCCCCCCCCCCAAUCUCACGGAGUGACAAUUCCUAAUCAGUGCUACGGUGCACACAAAGACAAAGUCGUGCUGACUUUCUCUCAAAACGGAUGUUUGUGCUCGCAAAAGCGCACCCGCUCGUCUAUUCUGUCAUUCACAUCGUUUACGAGUGCAGUGCGUUACAUGGCCGCGACCGACAGAGGCUCUGUUGAGUCGGUCUCAACUCGUUCAGCUAUGGGAACAAAUAGGAUAUUCUAAUAUGGUUCCCAAAAAAUCUUGCUACAGUGAAUUCAUCUGGUCAAAUGCCCAUCCCUCGUGUAUGAAGCUAAUCCAUCCUUUUACGGCUUGCACGAAAGAUGAGCGGACGCACGGACGGAUGUUCUCACAUUGCUGCUUCGAAGCAAUCAGGGGUUCAAUCAGGGGUCGUUUUCCUAUGACACAAUCGGUUUCAUUUGGUUUUCAGGAGCAAACAAACGCAACAAACCAAAGAUGUUUUUAAAUGGUCGCCGUUGCACGUCGGGGAGAAUGGAUCAGUUCAAAUGCAUCCUGUCUGUGUGUGAUUUGUUGUCCUUGUCCAGUCUUCUCAUAUUAUUAGCAUCUUUCCGAGAAGAAAGCGUGGCACGCCGCACUCGGCUUUAAAUCACGCGAUUGUGCCAUUUCGUUUGAUUGAGAUUCCAGUGAAAGGUGUUUUUGGUUUUUCUUCAACGAUUAGGAGAAUCUGGCCAAAUGCAACUUCUUCCCUCAGGAGGACAACCUUGCCUGUUGCCCUGCGCUCUUCUCGUGUGUUCCUAUCCGAUCAUGUGCGUUACGAGGGAUCGAAAUAACAAGAGUGUCUCGUUUUCUCCCUUUUGACAGUAAUGUUGUGAUGAUGAGUUCGAGUGUCGAGAGCCGCGGGUCUUUUUUUUUUUUUUUUACAUAUAAACUCAGGUGGACCCCGGGGCUGCUCCUCCUCAGAAGAGAAAGUCAUGAUAAUUGAAUGUAUCUCUUGUAAUUAUGCUGCUUUUAUUAAUGCGUGUCUGUCUGUCUGUCUUUGUCAUCACAAUUAUUUGUUUUUUGUUUAGGAGAUUUUAGACUGUGGUUACUUACGAAAAGUCUGAUUCUUAAUAAAAGUACAAAAAUAUAACAAA